GUGGCGUGGCAGGUGGCGUGGCAGAUGGUCUUGCACGACGCGAUCUUUUACCACUGCCAUCGCCUACUGCACACACGGGCGUUCUACCGCUGGCACAAGGAUCACCACUCUGUCGUUGGCAGCUACGCCCUCGCCGCAGAGUACGCCAGCGACGCCGAGAGCUUCCUCGGUCACAACCUCCCUGUCUUUGUACCCGCGAUGCUGCUGAGCCUUCUUGGCGAUUGCGUCUCCUUUGCCGCCUUCCUCUCGUGGAUCAGCGUGCGCCUGAUACACUCCUACGCCAUCCACUCGGGGUACGAGCUGCCGUGGCUGGUGGGCGCCCUGAUGAUGCAGAGCUCCGGCGCCGACGCACACCACGAGAAUCAU